AUGUCUUCCAUGAUCACCACCGCAUCGUGGGUGCCGCGCGGCUUUGCGGCGCCCUUCCCGACCAAGUACAACUUCGACGAGGCCGAGUUCGAGCGCAUAGCCGAGCUCGCAAAGCUGCAGCUCGACGAUGCGAACGAGGACCUCGAGGAGGCGCAACAAGACGAAGACGGCGGCGCUAACGUCGCUCAUGGCGGCACGGCACACGCAAAGUCGGAUGCCGCAGAGGAAGAGGCAGACGGGGGCGACGUCGACAUCAACGACGACGACCUCAAGGAGUACGACCUGGAGCACUACGAUGACGACGAGGACGAGAACCAGCCCGAGGGCCAGAGAAUGGACAUGUUUGGCAAUAUCAAAUCGUUAGCCUACUACGAAAACAACAAGGACGACCCCUACAUCACCGUGCCCGACGGCCAAGAUGACGACGACGACGAUCGCGAGGAGCUGCAGAUCCUAGCCACCGACAACCUGCUGCUGGCUGCCAAGGUCGAGGACGAGCUGGCCCACCUCGAGGUCUACGUCUACGAGGACUCCGCCGACAACCUCUACGUCCACCACGAUAUCAUGCUCCCCGCCAUACCCCUCUGCGUCGAGUGGUUAGACAUCCCCGUCUCGAAACCGAACGUGGACAAGGACUCGACCGCCAACUUCGUCGCUGUCGGAACCAUGGACCCCGAUAUCGAGGUGUGGGACCUGGACACGGUGGACUGCAUGUAUCCCAACGCCAUCCUCGGCCAGGGCGGCAACCCCGAGGCGGACAAGCAGAAGAAGAAGAAAAAGAAGUCAAAGAAGGCCAACGACGAGUACCACGUCGACGCUGUGCUCUCUCUCGCCGCCAACAGGCAGCACCGGAACCUCCUGGCGUCCGCGUCUGCCGACAAGACGGUCAAGCUGUGGGAUCUCAACACGGCCAAGUGUGCCAAGUCCUACAGCUACCAUACCGACAAGGUCUGCUCGCUGGCGUGGCACUCGGUCGAGUCCACUGUGCUGCUGAGCGGAAGUUACGACAGGACGGUCGUGGCGGCGGAUAUGCGAGCACCUGACGCCAAGGCACCCCGAUGGGGAGUGGAGAGCGAUGUUGAAAAUGUGAGAUGGGACCCCCACGACUCGAAUUACUUUUUCGUCUCAACCGAGAACGGCAUUAUCCAUUACCACGAUAUCCGCAACAUUCCUUCGAACCCGGCCGCAAGUAAGCCGGUCUGGACGUUGCAGGCACACGAUGAGUCGCUUUCUUCCUUUGAUAUCAACACCAAGAUCCCCGGCUUCAUGGCUACCGGAUCGACCGACAAGACGGUCAAAUUGUGGAACAUCCAACCUACCGGGCCCACCUUGGUAGUGACUAGAAACCUGGAUGUUGGCAAGGUCUUCUCAACGACGUUCGCCCCGGAUUCCGAGGUGGCUUUCCGCCUUGCAGUAGCUGGAAGCAAAGGCACCAUGCACGUGUGGGACACUAGCACCAACGCUUCCGUGCGACAGGCGUUUGCCCACAGAAUCGCAGACACGGCUGACACCAAGGUGGAGGAUCGCCUCGUUGGCGUGGCCGACGAUGACUCUAGUUCAGACUCUGAUGAGGGCGACGAAGAUCCUGAGAACGACGGGGACUCUAUGGAUGAGGAUUAG